AUGAGGAAACCGAAGACAAAGAAGAAAGUGAAGAUAUCCGACGAGGAAACGCCUCCACAAAACGAAAUUGGAGGUACAUCUUUACCGGACCUCCGUCUACCUCCUAGACUUUUCGCGACAGACAGGUUCCCCACCAAGCGUCUCAACAUUUACUCCUCCCCGGAUCUUCUCCCUUUUAUUCGCAACGUCCUUCGAGACAUGCCGGAGUUGGAAACCAUCCGUCAGUCCUGUUUCGGGAAGCUCUUCGACCUCCCUGCUCGUCAAUGCCCUAUGUCGUGUAAACUGAUCCACUUGUUUCUCACUCGUCAGCUAGUAAGUCUCCCCAAGAACACGCUUAGGUCUGCAUUUGGUGGUUCUCCUUUCCGAUAUGGUCUCGAGGAAUUUGGCAUUGUUACCGGUCUCCCGUGUGGUUUCUUCCCGGAAAGAUACAAUCCCAACACCGGUAAAGCGAUUGUCGCCGGGAAAGAUAGACUGGUAGUCACUCCUAUUAUACCCAUCGAAAGCCAGGCACAGCCAGGAUGGGGACUGUGGCCUGACGAUGUCAAGGACGACAGUGUUAUCUACUUGGAACAAUUUAUAGCUGAUCAACAUAUUCCUUCAACAAACAAAUGUGGCAUGGAUGAUAGUCCAAUGGAGACAGAUGAGUUGCCUCAAACGAGAUCGCCUAUCAUUAGUCAAUAUGAAGCUCAACUACAUCGUGAUUCUACAGCUGAUCAUCUUGCUAGCUCCCCUGUGAGCGACCCUUGCAUCCACACACAGAGUGUCCACGUUUCACCUAACCACAACAACACAAGUGUCCACGCAUCUCCCGACCACAACAUUGACAGUGUUCAAGUCUCCCCUGUUUAUCUAGGAACCACACAUCACACUCCUCCGGUUAGUCAAAUGAUCACCCACACCAACGAUGCUACAGAUGACUACAACGAGCCACCUCGUACGCCAGUAAGCAUGCAACCUCCUUGGUCUGAGCUCAAUUAA